AUGGUGAACAGUGUUGUAUCUAUCGAAAAGCUUAAAGCUUUAUGGCAUUCUGAGUUUCACGACGAACAAAAAUGGGCCACUAACAUGAAACUUCUGAGAGCACUCGGAGUGUUUGCAGGAGGAGUCUUCCUCAUGCGUAACUAUGGUGAUCUCAUGGCUGUCUGA